UGUAAUCCUAUUGGACGAAUGGCGUCUUGGUUGACGUGACGCAGCUUGGAAUUCCCAAAGUUCCCAAGUUCAUGGGAAGAGAGAAGCGUUGUUCGUACUAAACAACGAAACGUUUUGAAGAGAAAAACAACGAGCGACUGAGGUGUAAACACAUUGGAAAACCAUACAGCUGAGUGUGCACCGUGCUGUGCCACGUUGUGCCUGCAGAGGGCGAUGUCUGACAACUGCAACAGCACAGGCAGCAGCGGCUCCUCCACUAACAGCUGGACCCUGCUCUCCCCUGAGGAAGCUGCUGUGGAGAAUGUUGGGCCAGUAGACGACGGCACUGAGAGCCUUGGAGACGCCCCGAGUCUCUCUGAAGAUGUGACAGGAGCUGCUGCAAGUGAAAUCCCAAUAGAAACUGUCCUGUCGGAAGAAGGCCAUCAGGUGUGUCAAGAGACCUCUCCAGAGCCCAGUGAAAUAAUCAUCCCAUCUAGUCCACUCCGGAUGAGUCCUGUCCCGCCCAACCUUCUUGAUACUCCAGACCUCGACCUGGAGAGUCAGGCUCCGGUUAUCCAUGAUAUUGUAACCAGCUCCCCCAAUGACAAUGAGCACCUGGGAGCCACACCCUUUGUCACCAACAUGGAUAUGGGGGCUACACUUGAUGUCCCUGCUUCUGAACUGCUGGAAGCUGAGCCUGGGGAUUCCUGCACCGCUCCUCCCCUGACUGAUAUUCCCGCCUCUACAGAAGAAGAGCUUGAAACGCCUGCUGAUAUUGGGAUGAUUCCUGUCAGCCCUGCUGUGGAGGGUCCUGACUUCAUUACUAAACCUGAGGUCAGCAUCCCCAAUGAGACCCUCACAGCCACAGAUCCUCUCUCUCAUGUUGAAGAUGAUAUUAGCUUUGUUCCUGAGGGUCCAGAGCCCCCAAGCUACGUCCCAGACACUGAGAGUCUGGUAACAGAAAGCCCCAUCAAUGAAAGUCCUGCACCUGAGACUGUUGGUCCAUUAGAGGCAGAGGAGAAGGGAGAGGAGGAUGAGGAGGAAGAGGAGGAGGAGGAGGAGAAGGAGGAGAAGGAGAAGGAGAAGGAGAAGGAACAAGAAAUGAAGAAGGAAGAGGAGGAGGCAGCUGUGGAAAAGGAGGAGUUGGACACCUCUGAGACAAUGACCCAGUAUGAGAGAGGAGAAGAAGAAGAGGAAGAAGAUCCAUCUAGUAGCUUUGAUGAUGGAAUUAGGAGGAGGAAUGUCCCGUCCUACGGGGCGCAGAGAACUAGAACAUCAGAUGAGGACGAUGAAGAUGAGGAAAUGGAGUUCAAGCUGGCUGAGAAAAAGGAGGAAAAGCCGUGGUUGUCCUUGAACAAGUGCAUUGUGGGUUCUCUGAUCCUGCUCUUCUUAGGUUCCCUCUUUCUGUCAGGUUUCCUCUCUGACCUCAAUAAUGGUGACUUUGACGCCUCUGAACUGAGUGAUGUAGAACAAAGCCAGGACUGGCUUAGCGGUGAUCCACAGGAUAUGAAAGAGCUAUUGGAUAAACUGACACAGGAAAACCAGCAAAUCGCUCAGCUAGAAGCUCAGCUACAGUCUCAGAAAGUAGAACUGGACUCGGCCCUGAAGGCAGUGGCAGUGAGCGGUGAUGAGAAGGGUAAAGCAGAUCUGGAAAAAGAAAAUGUAAAGCUGAAGGACGAGCUGUCAUCUCUGCCUGAGUUGAAGAAAGAGCUGGAAAGUCUGAGGUCCAGGGUGACUGAACUCAGCCAGCUCACAGCUGAUCAGGAAAUGCCUCCCGCUACCUCGAGCUCAGCUCCUCAGCCCAGUGGCAGAGAGGGUCAGAGUAACCAGAUAGAAACUGAACCCGAGAGGAAGAAGGACACAUAUGAUGGAGGAAGGCUGAAGGAAGAACUCCACAAGCAGAAAGUUCUUCUUGAGGAGAGCAAGAAGAGACUGCAAGGGAUGAAGAAAAAUGGAGGUGACAGGAAACGAGUGAGGGAUAGCUUGGAGGAGAUCCAGAAGAGGCUUUCUGAACAGGUGGAGAGGUGGGGUAAGAAGAAGCCACAGGAGCCCCAAUGGAAAGGAAACAAGGGGAAAAUUAAUGAGCAGUGGAAGAAAGACGAGAAGAAAGAGUGGAGAGGAGAGAAAGAUGGGAAGAGAGAGGGAGGCCGGAGAGAAAAAGAAGAGAAGAAGCAAAACUCUCAUAAAGAGGCGUGGAGGAAAAAUCAGGAUGAGUGGGAGCACAAGAAGGACGAGCGCAGGAUGGACAGAGAGGAGAGGAGGAAGGAGAAACCAUGGCACAGCAGACCUGGCAAGAGCUUCCACAACCACAACCUCCACCAUCACCACCACCACCACCAGCCCCAUCACUCCCACCAGCAGCCCCAUCACUCCCACCAACCCAAUCAGCCUCACCAGCCUCACCAGCACAAGCACAGCGACUUCUGGAGGGACCAGGAGCAGAAGCUCAGACGCAGUGUGCGCCCCCAGCCGGGCUGCAUCUCGGUAGAGGACUGCGCCGGCAAGGAGGGGCUCUACCCGGUGGAGCUGCCCGAGUUCGAGGAGCUGAUAGAGGGAUACCUGAGCAAGCUCGAGGGGUCCUCGCCUGAGAGCAAAGACAAGAUCAGGAAGCUGACGGCGGAGUUCUUCGAGGACGGCGUGUUCAUCCACGACAGGGUCCUUUUCAGUGACUUUGCCGAGGACGUGGCAGACAUCCUGGAGGACAUGGUGGACAUUUUGGAGAGCAAAGGGCUGAAGGACGACGACUCCCUCGAGGAGGAGAUGGAGGAGUUUGAAAGGGAGGCCCUGUGGAAGUUUGCCGUCACGGCUUGAAUUGACUAAGAGGUGAAAAAUAAUAAAAAAGCGACGCUAAGAUACAGCACAGGCGGUGGUUUUAUAGGACAUUUCUUGCCUACAUUCUCCUCUUCAGAGCUGAAAUUGUAGUAGCUUCUGGUACAGAGUGGUCGUGCCUCUCAUAAAUGUGUCCCUCGUAGUCUUUACUUAUAAGCUAGACUUUGUUGUCUUUUUUGACUUAGUUGUUGUUACCUACCUCUGUCAGGUCAUGCCUCCUAAUGCAAAGUCCCUCAGUAAUGUGUUGUGUGGCUUUUCCUCUGCUGUAUAGUGUUUUCUCAAUACCUAGUGCAUGUUGCAGUUCAUCGAGUAAAUUCAAACUGAUAUAGUCAAAUCAUACAAAACAAUUGGGCUUUAGGCUGAUGGUAAUUGCAUAAUGUAAUGCUGUGAAGCACAUAGCAGUGGUUUAAAAUAUUUCACAGUUCAAAUGAGUCUGUCAGAUACAUGAAGAUGUGUUAAAGGGCGUGUCGGAUACUUCUCUGUCAUUGAACUGUGUGAAAGCAGCGUGCCACUGCUGCGAAAACAGGUUUAAACAAAUGCUGAGAAUUUUUUGCAGAUAUUAUUUGCCUCAAGUCGUCUGUAGCAGUCUAAUCCCAGAGGAUGAGUUCCCGGUUCUUUCAGUGAUAAGAAUCAGAUCAGGUCAGACCAGUUUUUUUUGUGGAUUUGGGCAAACACACACAGUGCAGUAUCAGAGCCCUGAGCGGUUAGUUCAUACAUUUGUCAGACAUUUCAUCCUGCAACUCCCAACCGUCAGAUGAAAGCAGAACAAGGAACCGGUUUGAGAAACGUCAGUCGUAAAAAAAAAAAAAAAGCAAUAGUUUAAAGUGGCUUAGCUACAUUUAUGACUGCUAUACCACCCUAGCGCUUUUCAAAAACAUUCACAUUUACAGCAAAGUUUAUUUUCUCUAUUGUGUUUUUUUUUAAGAACUCUUUGCAUAUUUUUGUAAUGUAGCCAUGGGGACCUCCAACACAAGAUCUAUAUAAAUAUAUACUGGGUAUCCCAGAGCAUCAGAGUCAAAAGACUUAAUGUCCUGUAAAUGAGAUUGGCAACCAAACAAGUAUAUUUUUCUUGUCCCUUUAUUCUGUUAGCAGGUUGAUGUUAACUGACUUGCACACAACUGAUAUAGUAAACGUUAUUUAGUUCAAGCAAAUGCCAAAAUGAGGAAGCUGCUGCAUUUCGUGAACCAGACAUAACAUGCGAAGCAAAGCCCAUCAAGUAUUGCAGCACUGCUUUACAGUGAUAAUAAAAUAAUUCUUGUUGUUUUGAUUGUAGUCAUAUUAACUUAUCCUUUUCUAGGUGGAUGUGAAGUUAAAGUCGACAGAUAGCGAUUGUUGGUUCUCAUUUUUCAGGAGCUUUGGAGUGUUUCGUGUUUAUUUAUUCUGUCAGUACGCUGAAACUCUUUCCCUUCUUUUUCUUAACAAGACUUUGUCCCGGGCCACACAUUGAAUGUGAAUAUUGUGAACAAUUUCAGUAACUCUUGUUUUCAGAAAUGUAGUUUGCCAGCUACUGCUUACGUGCCUUUAUUAUUAUGAAUAUCUUCGAGUGGACGAGUGGUCGUGAAUUUCAUUUGCUUCUGCAAGAAAAGCAAGAAAAGUUUACACUGCUUGCAAUGUGACUGCUUAUAAGGCAGAGAGUGAAUAUCAAAGGGUUUACACAUGAAGUGUCAAACGUUCUCUGCUGUUUGCACAGAGGAACUUUUUAUUUUGAAAGUUUUAAGACCAAAGGGAUUGGAAGAAAGCUUAAUUUCAACAGAUGAGUCCUUUAUUGAAACACAUUUAUGAAGGUUUAGUCAAUAUUUGAGCUUUUUUUUUGUCAUUCUUGGACAACAGUAGGGUACUGUGCUAACUGCUAUUGUAGGAUCUGGCUCAGACGUGCAUGUGAAUGAUCGCUGGACAAAUGUAUUGAACAAUUAGAAUCAUUUGAAUUUCAUUCGUCAUCAUUUAUGUCCUCUUUUAGGAAGUUGGUGUUAAGUUCAAUAAAUUUUGCACCAUUA